CAAGUAACAACCACACCCUGGGUAGAAAACACUGUUUUGCUUGUCAUAACUACAGAACGCCUUUAUGAUGGAGUGAAUGAUAUUUUCUUUGAUUAUUUCAAUAAAGGAGGGUCGGUGAUGAGUUUUGGAAGCAUGUUUGAAACCAAGUUCCUUCAAAGAGAGGAAGCUUUGCCCAGAGUUGGUUUGUCUGUCUUCAGUAUGAGUGAGAAAUGGAAAGAUGUGAAGUGCCUCCGGGGAAGAUACAAUUACAAGGAUGAUGUCAGCAUGAUGACGGAAAUGUCUGUCGAGGUGUUGGCUCGGGAAAAUCAAGAAAAGAAGCCAGUAAUGAUUGGAAUCUCUACUCAUGGGUCAACUGCAGGCAAAGCUGUUCUCUCGCAGCUGUACCUUGAAAGGGAUCCUUCCGAAGCCACCAUGGAUCCAGAUACAUUUGACCAGCUGAAGUGCGACAAUUCGGUUCGUAUUGAAAUCUUACAAUACCUUUACAAAUGGCUUGGGCUGGACUGUUCUCAGCAAGGGAUUCCGCCACUCACACCAGCUUCUCUCCUGACAAACUCUCAAACAACAAAGGACUUGUUUCUUUCAUCUUUACAGCAUCGACUAAAGGGAAGGUGCUUGACCUCGAGGUCAGUGAAUCUGGAGUUCGUCGCUACAGAUGUUCACAAUGUUACAGUGAGUGGUUCUCAUCUGCCCGUAAUAACCUCAGGAUCUCAGAAACACAAAUACUUCAACGAAGAAGUGUACUGGAAAAAUUUGAAAACAUCCUGUCUUGGCCAAAUUGUUGUUUACGCUGACAUAAUUCCCACAACAAUGGCCCUGUUUGAAGGACUGCAGUUUUGUGUCCCGGAGAGUGUUGGGGUUGUGGCUAUCGCAGGCAGACAGACCAGCGGGAAGGGCCGAGGUGGAAACGCAUGGCUGAGUCCAGAAGGUUGUGGCAUGUUUAGCCUCCACGUCCGUGUUCCAACCAAUAGUCAGUUGGGACAGAGAGUGACCUUCCUGCAACACAUCACAUCACUGUCUGUGGUCAACAGCAUCAAGUCCAUGACAGGGUACCAGAACCUUGACCUGAAACUGAAAUGGCCGAAUGACAUCUACUACAGCAAUAAGAUGAAGCUGGGGGGCGUCAUCGUCACGUCUACGAUGAUGGGAUCCACGUUUCAUGCGGUUAUUGGAUGCGGGUUUAAUGUUGCCAACAGCAACCCCACCAUCUGUAUCAACGACAUCAUACAGCAGUAUAAUAAAGUUCACGGGACUGAUUUACCGUCCUGCUCGACUGACCAGCUUAUUGCAAGGACUGUGACCCACAUUGAGAGACUCAUCACGGAGUUCCAGACUCACGGACAUCGUCAGUUCUGUGAGAAGUACUACAAGAGCUGGCUUCACACUGGGGUGCGUGUGACCGUCGAGAGUGAGGGCAAUCAGGAGGUGACCAUUAUUGGGAUGGAUAACUUUGGUUACUUGGAGGUGGAGACGGACAGUGGUGUGAGGUUCAGUGUCCAGCCCGAUGGCAACACAUUCGACAUGACUAACCUUAUCUCUAUUAAACCACGCUUAAGAUGAGUCCCAGUGAACUACCCAGGUACCUACCCAUAUUACCUGUCCCUGCCCAGGGACCCAACCCAUAUUACCCAACCCUGCCCAGGGACCCAACCCAUAUAACCCUACCCAGGUACUCCAACCCAUAUUACCAAACCCUGCCCAGGUACCCAACCCAUUUUACCCAACCCUGCCCAGGGACCUAAUGUAGUUCGGGGAGUAAUAGGGUACCCUUGUAGUUAAAGUGUUUGUUCGUGAAACCGAAGACCCAAGAUCGAUUCCCCACAUGUACAAUGUGGGUAUCCCACUUCAGGUGUCCCCUGCUGUUAUCUUGCCUUCAAUAAUUAUUGAGAUCAGCCCAAAUAGGGGAGUCGCCUUAUGCAUGGGGUAGAUGGUAUCAAACUGUUUUUUAUCUAUCUUUAAAAUGGGUGCUUCGUAUUGUUACCCCAAAAGUCUUAAUAUUUCCCCUGCUCGACUUAAUCUUUUCGGG